GUUAAGAAGGGAGGGGAAGAGAUUCAAACAGAGUCUCUGCCAGACAGCCAGUAUGAUGAGCUCUUUCAGAGGGUGCUGGAACCCUUCUUUGAUGUCUGCCUGGAAGAUGCUAGAGUGAUGCUGAGUGAAGUUGAGCAGCUGCAGACCAGUAUAGACUAUGUCUCCCACAAGGUGGAGGGCAGCACAGAGACACAGAGGAAGAGACUUCAGGACGAGGAGGAGGAUCAAGACUCCGACUUCUCUGAGUGUGACUGCUGGGUCCAGUGUUGUGCUCCAGACUGCAGGAAGUGGAGGAAGCUGCAGCCACUCACAGAUCUGUCUGCUCUUCCUGAAGACUGGACCUGCCAGCUCAACCCUGACAGGACCCGCAGUGUGUGUGCAGCCUCCGAAGAGUCCUGCUCAGAAGGAGAGGAGGUCUGGUCCAGCCUGGUACCUGGAGCCCUGGUCUGGGCCCAGCAGCCUGGAUACCCCUGGUGGCCAGCCAUAGUGGAGAAGGAUCCAGAUACUAAGAGCUUCCGUCAGUUCAAGAAGAACAAUGACUUGGCUCCUUGCAGGUACCAUGUGACAUACCUGGGAGAGCCAGCGAGCAGAGCCUGGGUUACUUCAUCCAAGAUCCAGCCCUACACACACCUGGACCAGAGCAGAGCUGUUACCUCAAAGAGUCAGGAGAGCUACAGGAAGAAACUGAGUGAAGCUGUCACCAUGGCAACUAGGGCCCACAAAGCAUCUCUGAAGAUUGUCCAUGUUUGGGUGGUUAACUCGCAGCAUCUCCGACAGAGAGAGCUCAGAGGACACUGAUAUAGCAGGUACACAACUAUACACAGUACUAUACACACUACUAUACACACUACUAUACACAGUACUACACACAUUACUAUACACACUACUAUACACACUACUAUACACAGUACUAUACACAGUACUACACACACUACUAUACACACUACUAUACACAGUACUACACACAUUACUAUGCACA